AUGUCUGAGAACACACUUUUCAAUGAAUGUUUAGCUUGUAAAAUGAAAUUUGAGACAAGACAAUAAUUGGAGAACCACGUCAAGAGAGUAAAUAUCGGCGAUUCUAUUUAAUUAGUUUUGUGUGAGCUCAGAUUAUGGGUCUUAAAAUAAAUUGGAGGAGAAAUACUAAAGAGAAUUAUUGAAUUUAAAAAAGAGCAAUGCUCCUGGAGCAAGAGAAAUUAUUGAGACGGGCAGACCUCCACCAGGUUAAUAAUAAAAGAACCAAUUAUCUUUGGAUGCCUUAAAGGAUUAAAUGAAAUAAUAAGAUGAUGAAUACAAAAGGUUAAAUCGAAUGGCCUAGAAAAGAAGAGAGGAUGAAAUGGAUGAUGAUUUAAAUAAACUAAAGAAUGAUAGGCAACAGAUCAAAAUGAAAAGAGAUGAUGAUAGACAAGCAUUUGAAGAAUUGUUACAUGAGGUUGAAUAGAAAAAGGAGAAGGAGAUCAGGGCUAGAAUAGAGAAGGAUGAGAUUCGAAGAGCCUUGAUGGACUUAGAGAAAGCAAAAUUAUCAGCCAUCGAACAGGAGAGGAAAAGAGAGUUAGAGAAACUUAUAGCUGAGAGGGAAGCUCUGAGAAUGAAAGAAGGGGAACUCAUUAAAGAUAUUGAAUAGAUGGAACAGAAUACACAUAUGCUUGAUCAGAUGAGGUAAGAGGAAGUCUCAAAAAUCAAUAACGUAAUUGAUGGAAUGCAAUUAAAAUAAAAAAACAAUACAAAAUUGAAUGAGGAUCUAAUUUAGGAAAGAUCAGACAACGUGGCCAAGUUAAAAUUAAAGCGAGAAUAAUUAGAGGGAGAACGACUCAGAAUCAUGGACAAUUUGGAUAGACUGCGAAAUGGGGAUUUGAAGGCUGCUUAAAGAGGAGGCACUAUGAAUUUGGUUGCAAAUGCAAAGAACAUUUUGGGUGAUAUGAAAUAGAUGGAGAAUUUCAAUGCCAAAUUACAUGAUGGAAGAUUUGCAGAACAACAGCAAAGAAUAAAUCAAUUGAAACAAUAGAAACCUGAAUUUAUGUAAUUUGAUGGAGACGAGGCUUUUGGAUAGAGAGCAACUGUUGGAUAAUAGGCUGUGGAUAUGUAUAAAAAUAAGAAUCCUUAGACUCAUGGAGAACUUUAAGCAUUCAGAUAAGGGAUUGAAUAGCAUGCAAAUAGUAUGAUGGAUUAAAGUUUGUCACAGAGUGCUAACAUGAGCUAAGUCAGGAGAUAACCCUCAUCCUAAAUCAAUAGAGCACCAGCCACUAGAUUAUAGCCCUAAUAAACUAUAUAGAGUUUCCCUGAUGUGAAUUAAUAACUUUAAUAGCAAUAAUAAUAACAAUAAUAAAUUGAAGUCUUAAAAAAUGCUUGGGGUGUACCCAUUCCUUAAUUUCAAAAUAAUUAAUUUCAAAUGCUACCACAAUAACCUUAAGCUUAGUAACCAUAAUUCCAAAUGAAUCCUAUGAUGCAAUAUAAUGCAUUUGCUUAACCACAAAUGAUGCCUGCUUACAAUCCAGUAAUGCAGCAAUAACAACUAUAGUCAUAACAACAAGGGCCAACAGCAUUUGGACAAUUUGCUUUGAAUCAAUUAGCAUUGAAUUAGGAAGGUAAAAAAAUGAAGGACCCAUGGAGCAUUUUCAAUAGAAAAAAUGAGUUUUUUUUGAUGAAUGAAGUUCGGGGUGUUGAUUUGACAGAAGAGGAGAGAGUGCUAAUGAGUCUAUAGGCUUAGGAAAUUGAUAGUCUGAGGGUAAUUUCUAGAAUUCCUGUAGGGACAGAAUUGUAUAGAUUUAAGGUUGAGUAAUAUAAGGAAUUGUCCACAAUGAGGGCAGAAAUAGAGAAGAUUGUGUAGGAGUAGCGUUUACAGGAUGCAAGAAGAGAUUUUGAGAUGGAAAGGAGAGAGGAUGAUAGACAAUGGGAGAAUGAGAAAUGGGUAGAUGAUAAUAAGAAGUUCAUCAUUGAGAAUAGAUUAAGAAAAGAUAAUACCUAGAAAAGAUAGUAAAUGCAAGCGUAUAAUCAAAGUGAGGGAUUCGUAGUUCAUUGGGAUUACACUUUAGGAUUGCCUAGAAGGAGUAAUUACAGUUAGGUAGUAUUUGGAGUUUAUAAUGGAUAACAGGUGAUUUGUUAGCCUAGAUUGGUUGAACCAAGAGAGAGUGAAACAGAAAAUUAAAAUCACAAUAGAUGCAUCUUUGGAGAUGCACACUAAGUUUUCGAGGUACCUGCACAUCCAGAUACCCUGAUGAUUAUGGAAGUUCAAAUUCCUUUCAGCAAGAGAGUUGAAGAUAACGUAGGUAGAACUGAAACCUAUGGAUGGACUUAAGUGGAUCUGUUUGAUCAUAACAAGUAAUUGAAACGGGGUAAAUUUAAAUGUCCUGUUUACUAUGGACCUACAAGUCCAGAGAUUACUGUGGAAGAGAUCUAGAAUUUGGAACCCAUUCCUAAUUGUUGGGUCUAUUUUAGAAUAGGAUAUCCGAAUGAUAAAGAUUAUGGGGAAGUCAAAACGAUUUACCCUGAAUAAACUCAACAUGAAUACAUAGUACCUUAUAUCCAUCUGAGAGGAUUGUUUGGAAAGAGAGAAAAGGUGAAAAAUAUGAAGGGAAUGGAAGAAAGCUAUGAAACCAGAUAUGGGGGCAGAGGAUAUAAGAUGAUUGAAGAAAUUAUAGAGGAGAGUUAAUUAGUGGGGGGAGCAGCAGGAGGUAAAUCUAAUAUGGAAGAAUACGAGAUUACUGGACAGCCACCUCCUAUGCAGAAGUAUGGAAUGAGGGAGGAAGAACCUCCAAUUUAAGAUGAUGGAAAAUAGAAAGGAUUGAGAUUGAUCAUUUAUAGGGUUGAUAACCAUUAGGCCAGGUCUCAUUUGAGAGUUAUGGCAGGACUGUUUGAGGAAGGCAAUUUAGUUUUGGAUGCAAAUGGGUUGCCAGUUGCAUUUAAUACUUCUAUUCACAAUCCUUUGGAUCAAAAGAAUAGACAAGUUUUAGCAAAUGAAUAUAUUAUACCCUUACACAAACCUAACGUUGAGUAUGAUGGAAUGAAUAAUAAGGCAUAAGGUCAGGAUAUCAUAUUCUAGGAGGAGUAUAGAGUAUUUCGAAAUCUAUAUGCAAUGAUUAAGAAGAACAAAAAGGAUUUAUAUAUUGGAUUAUAGGUAGUUGAAAAACCCGAGCCAGUUGAUUUGUAGGAAUCAGUUUUGAAUGAAACACAAAAGAAUUACGCAGGAUUAGAAUUUGAUUUAAAGGGAUGGCAAUUCCUCAAACUGACUUAAGAUGAUGGCAGUCUGCUAACUGGAAGAUUCAAAAUGAAAUUAUUUAAACCACCUUUAAGACGACCGCCUAUCGAUCCUACUAAAGUAUAGGAAAUGGAUGAAGUUAUUGACUUUGCUUUACAUUAAUUUGCUUAUACAGAAAAGGAUAUUGAAGAAUUUAAAAAGUAGAUGAAGCAUAAACAUAAGAAACCGAAAUUGGAGGAGAUUAAAGAUAUUCCAUUAGACAAUAGUCCAUAUAUUCCUAAUUUCUAGCAAUAAUGGAUAAAUGAAUAAUUUGAGAGAAGACACGGAAUCGAUUUUUACAUAGAUGGAUUAAGGUUCUUGCCUGAUAAAGUAACAGCUUGUAAAAUGUACAUGGAAGUAUACAAUAGAAGAUAUGAAAAAUUGUUUGAUGCUGAAACAGCAGCUCCUGAUCUCAAUAGCAUGGCCUAUAAUCCAACAUUUUACUUCAGAAGAGAAUUGAGAAAAGAGAAGUUUGAUCCAACAGCUAUUGCUUUGAUCACUGUUGUAACUGUAGACAAGAGUACUAAUGAUAACAGAAUUGUUGGUUAUGCUGCUAUUAAUUUAUUUUUGAAUCCUGGUACUAAAUCUCAACCGGAGGAUUCUAAUGAAGAUAAUUAUGUAGUGUAUUCUGGAGCAUAUUAAAUCCCAUUGUUCAGUCAAUAGUUAGACAGAACACCACCAUUUGAUAUGAAAAAGAUGUAAAUAAUAUAUUAAAAUGUAGUUACUCCCAUGAACGAUCUCCAUGUUGCACUGUAUUAGUGAGAAUGUUUAAAGCACCUUUGAGUGAAGAUGGCAAACGAGCUCUAUCCAUCAAAGAAUUUCCGAGCUUAAAGGAUUAAAUAGCCAGAAAUAUCAUGAGGCCUCGUCCUUAAUAUGGGGCAAGUGCCUACAACACUGAAUUAGCUCCUAUCACUGAAUCAGAAAAUGAAUUGUUUGCUCAAAGAACUAUCAGACCUGAUAUAAGUGUUCGAGAGGCUGCUUAUUUAUUAAUAAAGGGAGAAUAAAUUAAUAGAUAAUACAAAGAUAAUGAGAUAAUCAACUAUCUGGAUAAUCGUAUAUCCUUGACUCAUGACACAUUCAUGAUCGAUAUGAUGUAUUUUGCCAAAUACAGACCAUAAGCUGGAUUCAAAUUGACUGUUGAUGGAUUACAUAAUGUUGUUAAUCAAUCACACAUGUACGUGGUCUUUUAUUCCUUAUCAUAACCUGGAACCUUUUAUCUAGAACCUAGAGACAUCACUCAAGGACACAUGUGUUCUAAUUAUGAUUUCGAUUCCAAAAUCAACACUCCUGAAUAUGAUGAUGCUUGGUUCAAAUUCAAAGAAAAUGCCAAUAGAUAUCAGAAUAUCAUUUUAGACAUUAAAUCAGUGCCAUUCUCAAAACCAGAUGGAGCCAUCUCAGAUGUGGGUUGGACUAUCUUGCCUGUAUUCUCACCUGAUAAUUAUGUUGUGUCCAACUGUUAUCAAUUACCAGUGUUCAGAGGAUCAGUCCCAAGAGCUGUGAUUGAAGAUAUUAAAAAACAAGAUGCUUGGGAUUACCUUCGAGAUUAAGUCACCAACAAUAAAGUGUUUUAUCUCAAAAAUAUGUCCAUUAUUGUCAGAUUAGUGGAUGCUUAAAGAGAAGUACUUUUUCAUUUCAUUCUAGGGGCAUUUUAAUAAACGUAUGGAUUGUGAUAGAUUACAAUAUAAGUAUCUUCCACAAGGAGAUCGAAUCAAACAAUGGUCUUACAAUCCUGCAGUUGUUUUGGAUUAAAUGAGUAUGAAGACUAUUAAAUCUUUGAUACCAUUCAAAGACAACCCUGCUGCUUACAAUAGAAAAGUCACAGAGUACUUUGCCAAUUCCUAUGGUUUAACUCAAUAUCUUGGAAAUUGA